GUUCCCAGAGCGGCAAACUGGCCAACGCCUGUAGCUGUGUUACCAUAACCAGCACAUCGCAUUACGGCAUCAUCCUGUCAGACAGCGACGGUUGAAAAACCAGAGCCCCAAAAUACCGAAGCAAGUGCUUAUUACCUACCCGAUAGAGUUGCGGCCAAUACUGCGAACCUAGCAUUGCUAAAGUGUAUAAUUCAGUGGGUGCUACGAGCGUCGGCAGUAGCCGCCAGCGGACUUCACUAUAGCCGACCAGCAACAAACAAGUUCUAACACAAGAAGCCCUAAGGAAAGGUUUACAGCUCAUUGUGCUUGUAGUAUUGGUAACGUGAACUGAAUGCAGACCAACUGCUAUUCAAGGCUGUGCGAAAACAUCUUCGUUAAAGUAUCAGGUAGCGUCGACUGAAACGGAUUCAACACAUGAUGGUGACGCUGUUGUGUACGCUAGCGGUGGCGCUUUGUGCUUACGCUGGCGCCGAAUCUACUUUGAAAAGUUCACCGUCAACGCCAACUGUUCCGGCUGACCUGAGUGCGAGUUUAAGUGGAUCGUCCUUUGAGGAUGAAGCUGCCUUUCGCCAGGCUGUAGGGUCGACCCUUGGUUCUCUAGGAUUUGGCAAUUCAGUUAAUUCUCAAGGUCCCUUUCAGUCAAGCGGAGGUGCGGCCGCAUCGUCAUACCAGCCUGCCUAUAAUGCACUCAAUUCUGUUUACGGUAUCACAUACCACGGAGACUACAAUCAGUUAGCUAACUACUUGCAGACGGGAGGACCAGGCAGGCCUGGAUUAGGGGGAAAACCAAAUCAGAAGCCUACAAUUUCCUCCAGGUUUCGCAAUUUCAUGAAUUCACUCUUCUUCAGACGUAGCAAUAAGCACCCGCCGGCUUUUGCCCAGCCGCUACCCAAUGCGGGGGCUAGCUUUGGCUAUGGACCUUCGGGAGCCGGCAAUUAUCCGGACUUCGGUUCUGCCGGUUUAGGAACAGCUGGAGGAGCUAGCGGUGUCCCGAGCCCGUUUGGCGCGUUUCCCGCCACUGCGAGCCAAGGACAGUAUGACUUCUCAACACUCGUAGGAAGCUCUAGUAGCGGGACAGCGGACAAGGGACAGUUUGGCGACUUUGGUUCGACCGGCCUCGCUGGCCUGAGUUCGGUAUCAACGACUACGUCCUUCGGACCGCCUGGAAGUUCGACAUCAUUUGGAGCCGCUUCGCCCGGUUCCUUCGUAUCAUCUGCUUCUAAUGGCGGUUUUGGUGCAUCGUCAGCCUUCUCGCCAUCUUCAGGCACAUCAUCAUUCUCAACUAGCGGAUCUUCUGGUGGCUUCAAUAGAUUCGGCAGUUCGGCUGGAGUCGGCAGCGGUGCAACGUAUUUCCCGGGCGAAACGAGCCAGACCGCAGCGGCCAGCUCCUCGGUGUACAACGGUGCCGGCGGUUCGGCCUUUGGCAAGGGCAUCGAGGACUCGAAGAGCAGUGAGGAUAAAGACGCCAAAGAUGAUCAGGACUAGAUUGUUCCACACAUAGAGCGACAGCGCGCUAUCCUUACGCUCCACUUACUCGAAAAAAGAAGCUAGCACUUGUCGAAGCAAGAGCACAACUACAUAAUGUCUCAAACAUGGCAUGGUUUGAAAAAAUUGAUUAUACAUCAAAUAUUUCCUCCUGAAAAGAGGGAUUCUGCCUGGCAAUGGCUCUGAAACCCCUAGAAAAUUUGAUUUUUUUUUACGCUGACCAUCGUUACAGAACAAACGCGAAAACGGAGCAAGCCAGGAGACUGUAAAUGAGCUGCGUCAGGACCAUACAGCUGUGCUUGUCAGCCAACUGAUCUUAGCGGCACGUUACAUUUAAGGCAGUGUAAAGAUUAUAUAUAUAUAAAUAUAUAGGCAGAUCAUAUUAAUAUAACCUUAAUUGUGAUUAAUAUUUAACAUAGUAGAUACAAUAUAAGAUUAUUGAAAGCAAUUUUAUAAUUGUUCGUUCAUUCAACAUAUUUAUGUAUAUAUACCACAAUAAAAACAAAACCGUAUAGAGGCACGGCGCUGUCGCAUUGUUUUAUGAUUGUGAACAUAAAUCGAAUAUUUCUACAACAAUUCAACUUGUACAAUAGAACCACUAAAUAAUACGAUUUGGACUAGUUAUUAAAUGACAGAAGAUAUCAGUAUUUUAUAUGACCUUUAAUACUGACUAUACUUUUCAGGAUUGGGUGUCGACAGCAGAUAUUAAAUCUGCGUCUUACGAGUGUAAUAGGUAUUCCUGAGAUAAAUAGAGGCAAAAAAGCAGCCUCAAUCAAAGGUCAAAGGACCAUUACUAAACUGAGAACGAAUCUGACAUCAAUACAACCAAGGGUCUUUCGACAAGUGUAUGCAGUUUUGCCGUAUUUGGACUAACGAGAUCGUACCUAAUAUUGUUUUCUAUUAAGGUAAACGUUUUUGCAACUGGAGGAUAUAAGGGGGCGUGCAUCGAAAUAGGAUAUAUAAAUAUAUGCUACGAUUGAUCCUAUGAUCCCGUUGUUGCUGUCGACUAUCUCUCUUACUGACUUGUAUAGCAACCUUUAAAAUAAGCAUCGAACAAGGGAAGAGUGAAUAAGUUUUGACGAUUAAGGAUAUUAGCUUGCAAAAUAAAUAGAAAUGAAAAAUGUAUGAUUCUGUACUAUUAGGCCAAUAGGUAAAAAUGGCAUUUUUUUACCUAACAAAAAGGUCGAACUUAAGUAGCAAGAAAAAUUUAUUCGUCAUAGUUGUCUACGAGCUACUCAUCUCUCGAUCAAUUUAUUUAUUCGGUCUCACUAGACAAUUUAAACCCAUUUCUAAGGCUUCGGUCAUUGUCAAAUAUACAAAUUAUUUACCAGUUAUCGGAAGAGGUGAUAGUGGGUACAGGAUAACUCUGCCAUACAAGCUCGAUCGAACGACUUCUGCCGCGCGUGACCUAGCGUUAUCGUGGACAAGAGUCUCUUUGCUUUUCUUAUCGCGGCAUACUUUGGUUCAGGUACGCCGUGCAGAAACAUCUGUUUCGUAUUGUCACAGCAUCUCUUUGUGCAUAGAACUCUUCUAGUCUUUUUAAGCGCAAAUUAUGAUUGUCAUAGAUUGAACUUAAACGUAUCUUCUAGAAUAACUUGUUCCUUUUCUGCGUCACGUUGACAUAGAUAAAGCCUCUCUUUUCAUUCUUCUUGCGUAUUACGGCGCACUCAGGUUUAAGACUUUUUUUUUAGUAAACUGUAUAUAUUCAAGAUUCCUGACGGUGUUCAUAUGACUGCAGUUCGUACUCUUGGCCAAUUCACGAACCUGUGUCGGCCGUCUUCCUUUAGAAGAGCUGUUUGGCGGUUCUCGACUUAAAAUUGCCAACUUGGGCGUCGUGUAUCCUUCACUUCUAAAAGGCCAGUAUUAAACUUCACAAACCAGCUUUGGGCUGCCCUUUUGGAGAUCAAGUUUACACUGUAUAUAGCCCAUAUACACUGGGUUACUUCAGAAGAAAUCCAAAAAAAGGCAAAAUGGAGCAAGUAUCAAAAAUACAUUUUUUACACAUAUACCUUUGGGGCCAAAACUCGAGGUAAAACUUCAUUCGCUACAUAAAGGCCUUAUGGAGGAGAAAGGGUACUUUUGACUCGCUUAUAUAAGUAAGCAAAAAGUGAAAACACAAAGGGGAAAAUGGGUGUUUGAAAAACCGCAUUUACAUAUGCACCAACCAGAUAAUCCACUGACCACCUAAUGUAAUGAUUGCAUUUAAUUUUCUAGGUACUUUUGUCAAAUUUUGAGCUUCCGUUUAUGUCACAAUCAAUCAAAUAGGAUACAUUCAAGCUUCUCAUUAUCACCUCAUAACUAAUUUCACCGUUUGUUUGUUUGUUUGUUUCACUUAUACGUGUUUUGGUAUAUCGGUUCGGUAGUCGUAGUAUUUGGUUUUGUGUAUGAUAAUCUCUAUUAUCGCUUGGGCUGA